ACAAACCUCAAGUAGUGACGGACUACAGACGGAAACAUGGCCGCAUUCGGAAGGUUUUUGAAGAAUGCAUGGAAUAAAGAGCCUGUAGUGACAACAGCCUGUGGGCUUGGAUUGCUGGCUUGCGUUUUGCCACUUGUGAGUCCUUGGACAAAGUACACAGGAAUGAUGAACCAAGCAGUUCCAUACAAUUAUCCAGUCCCAGUGCGAGAUGAUGGAAACAUGCCGGAUGUUCCAGUGCACCCGUGUGACCCACAGGGGAGAAACUUGGACUGGCUGAAAAACUUUUAAAGGAAGCCCUUCAGAAUUCUGUACAGUAUGGCCCAUCUGUUUUUGUCUCUAGUUGCACUUGCUCUAAAUAAAAGCUGUUUAUUUAAAAACCUA